CAGUAUGUACAGGAGAGGAGUGUGGAGGGUAUGACAGUUGAUCAGUAAGUACAGGAGAGGAGUGUGGGAGGUGUAUGACAGUGAUCAGUAUGUACAGGAGAGGAGUGUGGAGGGUAUGAUGACAGUGGGCCAGUACUAUGUACAGGAGAGGAGUGUGCAGGGUAUGACAGGAUCAGUAUGUACAGGAGAGGAGUGUGGAGGGUAUGACAGUGGGCAGUAUGUACAGGAGAGGAGUGUAGAGGGUAUGACAGUGAUCAGUAUGUACAGGAGAGGAGUGUGGAGGGUAUCAUGGGGGCAGUAUGUACAGGAGAGGAGUAGAGGGUAUGACAGUGAUGGGCAGUAUGUACAGGAGAGGAGUGUGGAGGGUAUGACAGGGGCAGUAUGUACAGGAGAGGAGUGUGGAGGGUAUGAUGGGGGGCAGUAUGUACAGGAGAGGAGUGUGGAGGGUAUGACAGUGGGCAGCAAGUACAGGAGAGGA